AUGUCUGGGCUGGAUAAAUAUAAAUAUCGCGUGGAAAUACAACAGAUGAUGUUUGUCUCUGGAGAGACUAACGAUCCUUCAGUAGAGACAACUUCAAUAAUCGAGGAUAUAGUUCGUGGACAAGUCAUUGAAAUUCUUUUGCAGGCAACGAAAACGGCAGCUGCGAGGGGGACCAAGUCAAUUGCUCCGGAGGAUGUGAUAUUUAUGAUAAGACAUGAUAAGGCAAAGGUAAAUAGAUUGCGGACGUAUCUUUCAUGGAAAGACGUACGUAAGAAUGCAAAAGACCAAGAAGGUGGUGGUACAGAAUCCCUUAUAGAAAACGAUGCUGCUACUGCUGCGCCAACUGCGUCCCAGAAUAAUGAGUCCAAGAUGGUAACAAGAUACAAGAAGUCUAAGAUACGGCUUCCAUGGGAAGUGCAAUUUAUGUUCAGUGAACAGCACCUUGAAACUGCGGAGGAGUCCGAGCAAGUAGACGACGAGGAGAAAGCGGCAACAAUUGCCUCAUUGAAGAGAUUAAAGCAGGCGGAUGAUAGAACCAGAAGCAUGACAAAAGAGGAGUAUGUCCAUUGGUCUGAAUGCCGUCAAGCCUCAUUCACAUUUAGAAAAGCAAAACGCUUUAGAGAAUGGGCCCAAAUUGCUCAGUUGUGCGAUUCGAGACCGAAUGAUGACGUUGUUGAUAUUUUGGGCUUCUUAACAUUUGAGAUUGUGUGCUCUUUAACUGAAGAGGCUAUGGCAAUCAAAAAUGCCGAAGAAAAAUUACUCCAACAUCAAAUCAUUAACAAACAGCAGCAAGAACAAAAGCGUAAAAAGUAUCUCUUCGAUAAGCCUGACGAGCUAGCCAAGCCUAUAAUGCCAUAUCAUAUUGAGGAAGCUUGGAGACGGCUUCAAUCUAUCGAUUUUAAGCAUAAGGCGCUCAGAUCAUUCGGAGGAGGUGUUAUUAAGACAAGAACGCGGUUAAUUUAG